UAAGUUAAAAGAGUUAAGUUUAGACUUUGAGUGAAAAAUAUUUACCAAAGUGAUCAGGACAUAAAUCAGAGAAAUGGAUAACCCCGUCUUUGUUUAUAAGGAUAUUGAUUAUCCGCCGGAAUCUACAAUGACUUUAACACCUAGGAAAGUGGUUACCAUGGAUAUGAAGAUUGAGAACCGGCUGAAUAUGAAAGAUUUGGACCGGCUUCAAGAUGCAUUUAUGAAUGAAGGCGAUGGUUAUGACAAUAAAUUGAGUUUAAACAAAGAACAAUUCUGUGAAGCCUUGUCAAUUCUCCUGAAUAAAGGUUCUAGGGAUGAGUACGGUGAACUUUUUGACAAAAUAGAUGUAACGAGGGAAGGUACGGUCGACUGGGAUAAAUUCGCGUCACACAUGUUACUAGAGUUCUAUGAGAAAGAUGAUAGGGUGAAAUCUACCCAGGUCCCACAGUGGAAAGAUCUAAAGCAUUUACCUAGUCCUCACAAGGAACUUAUUCAGCGUAUUGCUUUCUUGAAGAAUGCAAAUAGAUACAUUGCUAUUAGUAAGGAGGGAACAAUUUCUAGCUGGGGAUUGGAUAUGAAGCUUCAGAGGGCCUUGAAAACCGGCACAGACUCGUGCAAGGCACGUGACCUCUGGGUGACCUACUUUGUUGUUCUUCAUAACGUGAACAAGAUCGCUUUAUCCUUUACGAGCAAGGAGAUUGCCAUAUAUGACCUGAGUUCAAAGGUGGAAUUUAGUUGCCAGUACAAGGUUCAGAAUCUGCAGUAUACACCCCUCUGUCUAGACUACUGGUCAAACCCCAUGAACCCUAACGAAGCUAUCUUGGUCUUCGGCGAUGUUGGUGGCUAUGUGAACGCCUUGUUUUUUAACUCAGCCCAAAUUGCUCUCUUUGAGAGACCUCCAGCUCCAGCCGGGGAAAAACAAGAGACUUGCUUGAACGUGGAUCUUCAUCAUAUAGCUAUAGGCAAGUACAAGAAUGUAACAUACACAAAAUUCCAGGCACACAUCAAGGAAUGGGCGCGGCAAGUAAAAUAUUCACACUAUCUGGAAUGCUUCAUCAGCUGUGCCACCAGCUCUACAAGGUCUGUUAUGAUUGGUUGGAUGGAGAAGCACACAUCUGUCAAUCAACCUACAAAACAUACAUGGAGAACUUAUAUACCAGGGUAGGUGCUGAAGAUAUAGAACAUGCACUCUUA